AUGGCCGUGAUCACCUCUUCUGAGCGAAAGACAUUCCAGAGCAGGCAAUCCGCUCUCCAGAGGCAGAAUAUCGAUGCUCCAGGCGAUUCUGAUACCACCGUGGCUGAUAUCGCGAGCCUAAGCGACGCUUCCAACGAGACUGCCGCUGUGGAGACAAGUGGCUCAGAAGCUGAAUCCCGCUGGCAGGAACUCAAAGCCGCCAAAGGCGAAGACCAGGAGAUUGCGCGCUACAAGGAUUUGCAGACAAAAUCGCGCACAAAAUCGGAAGCCGAACACGAUGAGAUCUUGCAUGAGCUUCGUUUGAAAUCGAUGAGACAGCGAAAGGCCAUCCGCGAACAAUUGACGGCCGUCGUCCAUUCAGCAGAAGCAGUGGAGUCAAUAGAGUCACAAAUAACACCAUCGCCACGAAGAGAUUCCAUUGUAUUUAGUGACGAGGAGAAUUCGAGUUCAUUCCUGACAUCCACAUUCGGUCCUCGGUGGUCGUGCAUUCAAGACGAGCGAAACGAAAAUCCAUUCACCUCGACAUCGAAGUCUACUAACCUCAGACGAACGGAUACGGAAGAUUUCAGCCAUGUCAUUCGAAGGUCACCGGUUUCACCCAAUACUCAAUGGCGAGACAAGCACAGGCAGCGAGGCCGUCUAAACGCCAAUCAGGAUCGCAUUGAUACUGAGUUCAUUCUGGCAAAUGAGUUCAUCGACGACGUGAACAUGAUGCUAGACUUUAUCGACGGCUGGCCCAGGCAUCAGUUUCGAGACAUUGCAGAGUCCUUUGAACACGAUCCUGAAAAUCGAGACCGGAUAGUUGAGUUUGUCGAUCUCGGUCUUGAGAACUGGGGAGUCCGGAUCCUUAAUCCCCUGAGAACGGAACCGAUAACGUCUUUUCGGCUCACAGAUGUGUACACACUUGAUGACCUGCCUAAGGCCUGUAGAGAGGAGGGAUGUGACAAGGAAUGUCCACGCCCAAUGAGCGUAAAGCAAAAGAUAGCAGACUUGAAGAAGUUCCGGGAGCAAAGCAGUGUCGACAAGAUGACUGGACCGAGAAGUCUGGCAGGAUCCCGCUUUGGAGUGCUUCCUGACACGCCCGAUCUGUCGCCUCCCAUCCUGGACCGCUUGACUAAGCGCGAAGCGGAAACCGGACUUCCUCAGUUUGGAGAUGUUAUGGAUUUGUCAGCUCAGAAACCACCAAAUAGUCCCCGCCCAAGGAACCGUGUCUUGUCGGAUCCAGCCCCAACACCGCCCAGUAGCCCCCGCCCUAAAAGCCGUGUCUUGCCGACUGACAGGGUCGCUUCGCAACAAGUCUGUAGUAUCGAGAAUCGAAUCGAGGAAAUCGAUGCGUCGAUGGCACAGAUAAGGGGUCAACUACUGGGUAGCCCAGCUUCCAACAUUCCCGGGCGCGAGGUAGUCAAAGGUUGGCUGCAGAAGGCAAAUAACGCCGCCGACUCACCCAACGGCAGACAUCGUGAAAGUUCCGGGUCUCUGGGUGGCAAGUUGGUGCAUCAUGAGAAGAUACCAGCCGGUCCGGACUCCAUACGCUCUGAGGCGCGUUUUCUGCCAUCAGGCUUCGACAACCAAGACGCUGACCAAGACAUGACGAACAAGAGUCGGUGCAAGGAAGCCCAAGAGGAAUACUCUGCGAUUAGAGCAUCGUCCAGAGGUCGUACAGACAGUGCCGACGGUGCUCCCCCUUGUCCAGAGGAUUCCCGUAGAUCUCCCAGCGUCUCCGAUACUUCACCAUCGUUCGAGCCAGUUCAAAAGAUCAAGUUCCGUCCACAAUACGACAAGUAUCCUGAUGCAUACUAG